CCGCGUCCUCCUAACGCGUUCAUCCUCUUCCGUAGGGACUACGUCACCGAGCACAAGGCCGAGAACGAUCCCUCCGACAACAAGGAGAAGACGCUCUCCAAGCGCGCCGGAGACGCGUGGAGGUCCCUCUCCAUGGACGAGAAGGAACCGUGGUUUGUGAGGGCCAAGGACGAGGCCCUCAGCCACGCUUCCGCAUACCCGAACUACGUCUUCCGCCCA